UUAAAAUUGAAUGAUAUCUUGGCAGUGGCAAGUGCUUCAGUAGAGAGGUCGUUUUCUUGCUUGAAAAGGGUCAAAAGCUAUUUGAUGAAUAGAAUGGGUCAAGUUUGAAAAAUGGAUUCACCUCCUAAAAACUUAAAGAUUGAGGCAAACGGUUCUCGUUUGAGUAAACUUUUGAUAAAUAAAGGAAAACAAGCCUUGACACAUAGAUUGCAAUCUUUAUUAAAGCCAUUGAGUUUAGCUAAUAAACUUAAAGAUCCCUCUACAAAGAAGACACUAACAUCUUUGAAAUUUAAAGUCAUCAAGAAUGAGCAAUGGGAUCUUCUUUACCCGUCAAUCGGUGACCCUGACAUUGAAAAAUUUGACAUCACACUAUUGACUGUCUUAUUGCGUAAUAUAUGUGGUCUAAAAGCGCCAACUACAGGAUGGGAUAAACUUCCUUCCUUUUCAGAUACCUCAGUCUCAGCAAAUAUUGCAAGAAUAAAGUUUUAUCGAAACAAAGUGUAUGGUCACAUAACUACAACCAGUGUAAAUGACACUGAGUUUGAGCACUUGUGGAUUGAAAUCUCAAAAGCAUUGGUUGGUCUGGGUAUUCAACAAACUGAAAUAGAUGAAGUAAAGAAAGCUCCACUCAGUCCUGAUGAAAUAAAUUAUAUUUUAAUGUUAAAAGAGUGGUAUAAGAAAGAAGAGCAGUUAAUCGAUGUCACUGAAAAAACCAAAGAAGAUGUGAAAGUAAUAAAUAGAAAUGUUGUGGAGAUAGCAACAAAAGUUACGAACAUAAAUGAGGAUGUAAAGAAAACAAAAGCUGAAUUAGCAGGAUUAAAAACAAUGUUACAGGACAAAACAUAUUCAGUUGUCGAAAACCUUGGAAAGUGUAAUUUCAACGGCCUUAUAAAAGAUCUUAACAAGAAAUACUUACCUGGCACCAGACAAUGGUUAUUUGAAAAGCUCGACACUUGGUUUAACGAUAAAAGUGAAGAUGCUUCUAAUGUCAUGAUUUUGAUUGCCGGUCCUGGCGUUGGUAAAAGUGUGUUUGCUGCUGAGGUGUGUCGACGAUAUUCUGAAAAGAAGAAACUUGCUGCUUGUCAUUUCUGCAGGUAUAAUAGAUCAGAUUAUAGAAAUCCUCGAAAAUUGAUAGAAUCAUUGGCCAGUAGCAUGUGUGAUACAAUAUCAAAUUUUAAAAGUAUACUGAAUGAAGAAUUACAGAGAAAUAAUUCCAAAGAAUCGAUCACCGAUAAAUUCCUUGUUUUAUUAAAUAAUCCAUUGCAUUCAUUGGGAGAUUAUGAACCAAUGCUUUUGGUUAUUGAUGCCUUAGAUGAAAGUCAGGUUGAAGGCAAAAGUGAAUUGUUGGAGUUGAUUACUGAUGAAUUUGACCGACUGCCUAAAUGGAUUAAAAUCUUCAUCACAAGUCGUCCAGAACUUCCUGUUCAAAGGAAAUUGAAAGACAUGAAUCCUGUGGAAAUUACAACUGAUCCUCGUGAUGAAAACAACGAAGAAGACCUGCACAAGUAUUUGAAACAUCAGUUGAAUGAUCGUGUGCAGAGAAAUCCCUACGUUCUUCAGUCAUUAGUUAAAAAAUGUGAGGGAUCAUUUCUUUAUGCCUAUUACGCCCAACUGAGCUUGAAUAAAGAAAAUAUUGAGCUUACUUACGAAAACAUUCAACAAUUGGUCCCUAGUGGGUUAAGCAGUGUUUACACAAAGCAAUUUGAAAGAGUAAAAGAUUUAACGAAAGAAAGUCCGGGAAAUUCUGUUAUCUCAGAAACUACUUUUAUGCAAUUUGUUGAAUUGUUGGCUGCAUGUCGGGAGUUUUUACCAUUAACUUUCCUGUUUAGCUAUUUAGGUUUUUCUGGUGACAUCAAGUUUGAAGUCCGCAGUAAAAUCAUUGAACCGUUAUCUCAAAUUUUGCCAGUUUACAAUGAUUGUUUAACCGUGUAUCACAAAUCUCUCAUUGAUUGGUUAAAAUCAGAUGGUUAUGAGCAGCAUGACUUUACAGUUGAUCCAAAAAAUGUUCAUAAGUUCUUAUGGUGUGCUUGUGAGAAAGUGUUUGAACAAAUUAAGUGGAUGAACAUUUUUAAAGAUCAGAUGAACACUGCUAUGAUUAAAUAUGCCUUGAAGAAUGGAAUUUAUCAUUUGUCAGAAUGCGGCGAAAAUAAUGACUUUAGCUGGGUAGUUGAUGUCAAAGUGGUUUGUGCAAGGUUAAAGUGUGUGGAAGACAUUAACGUGACAACCAUUUGUUCGGAAUUGUUUAAAGUCAAUAAGGAACAACGAACUUUUUUGAGAAAAGAGGAACAUGAAGAACUACUAUUUCAUUUGUCAAUGACGUUUUUGACAAUGAAGAAUAAGUCAUAUUUGUCAAGGUUAGAUGAUAGCUUAGCUUUUUUACAAAUUAUUGCAAACAGAAUUCAUGCCAGUAACGACAAAAGAUUAUUAGCAAGGGAUUUAUUGAAACAAGGAAAGCUUACUUGGUUUGAGGAUUUAGACUCAACAUAUCUAACAAAUCGUCAUCAUUUGACUGUCGCCUUGCGUGCUAACGUUACAUCUCUUUGUGUGUCGUCCAAUGAAGAACUUCUUGCUGUAGGAUAUGAAAAUGGUCAAAUAUCUAUUUUUGAGCUUCCAGAAUUCAAACUACGAUGCACUCUCGGCACUGCAAUUAAUGAUUCAAGGUUGGAAAAGUGGGAUGAUGUAAACACAAUUAUGUCCCUGUGUGACAUCUAUGACUAUUCAACAUUAACGAAAUCCUGUUUUGUACGUGGAAACAUCUGUUGUUGCUCCUUUUCACCUAACGGAAAUAGACUGGUAACUAGUAAUGGAUCCGCUGAAGUAAAGUUGUGGGAUGUUAACAAUGGACGUUUGUUAUCAUGUUUACAGUCAGAUGAUGUCGUUAAUCGUUGCUCUUUCUUAGAUUCUGGUUUGUUUAUUACAGCAGAAUAUGUAAACGAUUACCAUGAACGUCCUAAAGAUGUGUUCACUGCAUGGAAUUCAUUAACUUUGCAAAGAAUCGAUCAACGCUGCGUUGUUGAUUACCAAAAACUACAAUGCACCGAUAAAUAUUCCGAGUUCUUUGUUGCAGACUUCGUCGAGACUUCGUAUGUCUUUCAAUUCCCAAAAUCAAUCGAUAUUUUUUCAAGUAAAAAGGAAUAUCCAGUACCUUUACAUUUAAUGAAAACCCACCAUUAUCGGGAUUGUAUUUAUUAUCAUACUAACCAGAAUAGAAAGCUUUCUGAAAUAACUCAGUUGACAAAAUACAACGAUCAAGGAGAAAUCAAGUUUUGUUUACCUUAUGUCUGGUGUCCAUGUGUUGAUAGGAAAUUUAACAAAGUCCAUCCAAUCUCGUUUAAGGAAUUUUGCGUUCUGCCGUAUUUUUCCAAGCUUAAAAUUUUCAAAACUGAUCAUGUUUGGCGACCUUCUUUUAUCUUUGAGAGAUUUGAAAUUAAAUGUUGUUGUUUUUCACCGGAUGGAUCUUUUUUUGCUGCUUUCGCUGUUGGUUACCACGUCAACAUUCAUAUUUGGAUUAUUGAACGUUGUACUAUUAUUCAAACUGUACCAAUGCAACUGAAGGAUGCAGAAGGAUGUUGGUGGUCAGAUGGUUUACUGUGGAUAUGGGAUGGUUCUGAUCAACUUAUGAAGAUAUCAACUUCGUCUGAAAAUUUUGUAGAUUCUACUCAAGCAAAGCAUGUUAACAUUGGAUUUAAACCUAAGAAAAUCUUAACAUUUGGUGAUGUCUUAGUUUGUAUUGACAAAGAAAAGUUUGUUCAAGUUGUUAAAAUUACCAAAGGUGAGAUACAAUACAACAAAAAACUUCCUGUUUAUAGUUCAAAAUUUAAAGCAGCGGCUGUAUCACCUGAUAAUUCUGUUAUUUUAACUGUAAACCAAACAGAAUGCACAUUAUGGAUAUGGAGAAAUAACGACAAUGAACUUUACUUGGAACCUUGGCUUACUGCAGAAAUACCUAUAACAGCUCUCAUUGAAACAUUUGUUCGGAAACAGAUAACUGUAAAUGAUCUAGAGUUAAACUGCUGUAUAAGUGAUAGUAAACAAGCAGUCAUAAGACUUUGCAAAGGCAACGAAGGUAUGGGCAUUUAUGUAAUUAAUGCUCACGAGAAUGGUGAUGUGAAUGCGAUUAGACAUGAUGUUGAAUAUGGUUUGCAGUCCAACCUAAUCAUACACAAAUCUUAUUGCAUUGGAGUGUUUGUUGGGUCAUUGUUUGCUGUAGAUUUAAAGAGUGGUGAAAUGUGCGCUGAAUUUAAAGAACAUUAUUACAAGUCUAAUAUAACUAUGCAUUCCAAUACAGGAACUUUAGCUAUAGUUGACAGUUUACAUUGCAGAAUUCAGUUUUUGAAACUUAAUGUUCUUGAAUAAAUACGUCAACUCAAACUUUAAUAGUAAAUUCAAAAACCUUUUGAGAAAAUUGCACAUAGAUGUUAAUGGUCGUAAGAAUGAAUGCUUGUUUCCACCUACUACAGUUUUGUAAUGAAAUAUACUUAUUCUACCAGGCAAUCUUUAAGAAAUCAUCUAUAUUACCAAAAAUAAAUUUGGACCAAUUUUGCAAAAGAUCUUUUAAAUUAAUUGGUACUAUUUCUUGGAAUGUCUUACCUCCUGCUAUUAAAGAAUGUAAAAUAUUAUCUAUGUUUUGCAAUAAUCUGAAACGAUGUAUAAUUGCUUUUUAUAACACGAAUGACUUGUAUUUAAAAAGAGCGCUUCUAAACUAAUUGAUCAUGAAUAUUUAUUUAUGAUCCUUUCUUAGAUUUUACUUGUAAUCUUUAUAAAUAAAUUGUCAUUUAAACAGGGCAUCCUCUAGAUUAGACUACUACUGUAAGAUGCUUUGUCAAACUUA